AUGCUCCCCCCACUUGCGUAUUCCGUGUGCGUUCGUACACUGCUCGACCUUUCUCGCGCGAUGAACGACAACGUAGUGGUCCAUUUUGCAGACGGAGAAGGUGACCCAUGUGCAGUUUCUCUCGCUGGUAGGCUCCAUGCCUACGUCGUAGGUCGUGACUCAGAUUUCGUAAUCCUCAACGCUGAGGGGUACAGAGGAUAUAUACCCCUCGACGAAAUGCUCUGGAAUUCUGUCGCCUCAUCAUCUACCGCUUCGGAUGCCGGAAGUGUGUACAGUUCCGUAUAUGGAGACGUGGAAGAUGAUGUGGAUGCCAACGGAUUCAAAACGGUACGCAAAUCCAAGAUACGCAAGCGCUCCGCCGUAAAUCAGCGAGUUGGACGCGGCCUGAUACCCCCUGAUCAUUUGGUAGACUCCGACACCGAUCUAGUUCUGACAGCCACGGUAUACUCGCCGGAGUCGCUUGCCGCCCAUCUCCAGCUACCCACCUCUCUCCUUCCCCUUCUCGGCGCUCUCGUAGGCAACGACUUUACAGGUGCCCCAGAAGUCACCUCGAUUGAUGCAUACAACAGCUCGAAGAAGAAUGACUUGCAGCAAUUAUUCUUCGAGAAACAACUGACACUCACUCAGCGUAUCACGAAAGUGGCGAACACCCUCCGGUCUCUUCUCAAUGCAGCAUUUCCUACAACGUCUACUACACAUCAGAGAAGGAAAAACAAGCCAAUUAGGAGCGUCAUAGAGCUAAUACAGGCGGCAAUUUCUGCAAUGCUUCGAUUUCCCGAUAACUUGGCUGCGGUUGAGCGGGAAGCUAUCGCGGACCGUAUAGCAGAAGCAACUCUACAAUAUGCGAUACCACGGUUUGAUGUUCCUGGUGACGAUGCGGAUGGAGAUGAAAAUCGACCACGAGGGCUGAAAUGGAUGUCAGACGUCUGCCCGCUGCAUCCUCGCGACUCUUGUCCCCUCUUCACUACUCUGAUGCACUCUGUUGUGGACGCUACUUCCGUAUAUCCAGGCAAUGAGAGUCUCUCGUCCAACGGAAAUAUUGUAACCGAGGCUGACGAGAUGGAGAGCCCUCGGGAUCCGCACGCUUGCUUAGCUGCAUCGUACAUAGCAGCUUAUCGUGCCGGCGAUCUGUCCUCUGACAUGCUGGAUGCUCUGUACACAGGCACUAGUUGGCCUCUACUGUUCCUUGAGAAUCCAGACAAAGAAACUGUGGCGCGAAGUAUAGGCCGGCCCAUCCGGGAGAUCUGCUACUCCAUACUGGAUGGCGGAAUUGGGCUGAUGCGAAGCUCCGAUGUUGACGAGGCAGAAGAGGACGAAGACGACGACGAACUCAUCGAUGUGGUGGAGGAAGACGAUGAAGACCUACUCGCGCCGUUACGGGGUGCGUUGGAGCGAUUCGAUCACCCGCCAGAGACCGCCGAAGGGGAGGCCGGCGAUCUGCACUCUACUCAACCAGAGAACCGAUCACCUGCCACAAAGUCUCAGCGUCCCAAAAUUAUACUGGAAUACGUGCGCAGGGGCACCCGCUUGGCUGCCGAAGAAGUUACUGUCCCUUUCCUGCGCGACGUUGUGAUCAGUAUCAACAAUCCAAGCUUGUGCGAUGAUAUCGGAAACAAUCACACCCCGGUACCUUUGUGGUCAGAGACACUCAGAAUGACCUUUUUCCUGCGAGUCCUCAAGUCCGAUGUGCCCUCCGUUGCUGCACUUGUUGGGACGCCUCAUCUGAUGGCUUCUCUGGCUAUCCGGUGGACAGUGAUGCAGUUGCAUGCUCGUGCCGAAGAGAGCGAAGAACAAAAGGAAAAGGCAAUGGAAAGAUGGACCAUUUCCGAGGCUCGGGCUCUUGUGGAGGCGUUUUCGUGGAACGCGUCCGAGGAUUCAGAUACCCAGGAACAAUCGCGCCUGCAGGAAAACAUCCUCGAGCGAAAUAUUCAACUUACGGCACAGUUCUUGAUGGCUUUAGACACCAUUGAGCAGUUCGCUCAGAUCAUGCUCCUGACCGCCCAGGUGCCGAGCCCUGCCGCACAUUUCUCCGGACGACGAUUCCAUGCGAAUCUGAAUAGUCGUGGAGCGACUCGGCAUAUAUCGCCUGAUGUGGGCGACGGCCUUUGGAGGGCGUGUAUGGAAGACCUGAAGGAUGUCUACGCGGAAGACAAACGAGCCAAAACAAGGAAGGAACGGAAAAAGGAACGAGGACCUACGUCUACGCCCUCCAAAAAUGAAAAGAAGAAUAACCAGCCACGAGGCGGUAUGUAUGGUAUGCUGGCAGGGCUGGAAGUAUGA